AUGGCUUUCGCUCUACGGGCCCUUCACCACCGCCUCCCCCGCUCUCUCCACCACUCCAAUCCCCUCUCCACCUCCGCCUCAUCCCACGACCUCCGCGAGCUCCUCCGCAUCCAACGCAUCCUCGGUGACCCCGCAGCAACCACCCAACCCCCGCAAACGCAACAACGCCCACUAGCCUCCAGCACCACGGACCUGCACCGACUGCUCCACCGCGCGGCCGGCCUCAGCACCGCCGAGGCCACGUCCCUGCUCCACCGCGUCCCUAACACCCACCGCCUGGGCCACCUUCUCCAAGAACUUCGUGGCCUGCGCCUCCCGGCGGACGAGAUCAAGAACGCCCUCGGGUCCGACCCCGACGGGCUCCUCUCCAUGGAGCCGGGCGAGCCGUCCCGCCUCAUCGAGCUCCUGGACGAGCUCCGCUGCCGGGCGCCCAUCAAGGACCAGGUCCUCUCUCACGGCGUGCUCAGCGCCGCAAUCGCCACGAGGCGGCGGGUAGAGCUCCUGCACGAGCGCGGGCUGAGCCGGCGGGACGCGCUGAGGGUGAUCUCCGUUGAGCCCAGGGCAAUUUUAUAUAGCCUGGAGGAUGUGGAGAGGAAGGUGGAGUUCUUGGUGGGCAGGAUGGGGUUUGAGAUCGGUUGGCUGGUGGAGUACCCGGAGUUCUUGGGGAUAAAUCUCGACAGGUCGAUCGUCCCGCGGCACAAUGUGGUGGAGUAUUUGGCGUCGGUGGGUGGGCUUGGGGACCCCAUUGAGAUGAGGCAUUAUGUGAGAUUCAGCCGCCUCAAGUUCUACAAUCUGUUCGUGAAGCCAUACCUGGAGUGCGAGAGGAUUUUCGGGGGCCUAGUCAGGGAGAGAAAGGAUGAGGUGAGGCGCCAGCAUCCGGUGGGGUUGUGGAAGCUGUUUAAGCCGGCGAAGUAUGAGAGCACUGAGGAGAAUGUGAAGGACAUGAAGUUGGUUGUUGAAUCACUUCAUUAG